AUAUGAGCUAACAUGGAGCUUCUUUCAUUUAAUAAUUGCAUGUAAUUACAUGUUUGUUUUUCUAUUCUGCCAAAAAUAAAAGAAUAAAAAAGUAUCAACUUUGUUGAUGCCACAAGCUCUAGUAUAAAAUGAAACCAUUUUACUUGUUUCUUCAUAAACUCGUCUAGCCAAACAUUCUUUUAUACAUCUCAAAAAAAAUAAAAGUAUGACACCCCAAAAAUUCCUCCCACUCUUUCUCAUAUUUGCCAUGUUAGUUGCUAUGGCAAAUGCAAAUGCAUAUGCAAAUGCAAAUGCCUUGAAGCUAGAUUUCUACAAGAAAUCUUGCCCGAAUGCCGAGGGAAUAGUACAUAGGAUAACUGAGCAAUACGUUAAGCAUGUCCCAAACUUUGCUGCUGGUUUGCUUAGAAUGGCCUUUCAUGACUGCGCAGUUAGGGGGUGUGAUGCAUCUUUACUAAUAAAUCCUACGGCUGCAAACAACCAAACAGAGAAGACAGCAAUUCCCAACUCAACACUCCGAGGAUUUGAAAUCAUUGAUAAUAUCAAGUCAGCUCUAGAACGGGAGUGUCCUGGUGUUGUUUCUUGUGCUGACAUCUUGGCUUUAGCUUCUCGAGAUGCAGUCACAACGAUAAGUGGACCAUGGUGGGAGGUGCCUACAGGUCGAAGGGACGGCAAAGUAUCCCUAGCUUCAGAAGCUAAUGCUCUUAUACCAUCACCAUUUGCAGACAUUGCUACCUUAAAACAAAACUUUGCAGCUUUGGGUCUGACUACCAAGGAUUUGGUUGUCUUGUCAGGUUCUCACACAAUUGGAAUUGGUCAUUGCUUUGUCAUCCAAAGUCGAUUGUAUAAUUUCACCGGAAAUGGCGACACUGACCCUUCAAUAUCCCCUUCAUAUGCCGCAUGGUUGAAAACCAGGUGCAGGCCAAGUUCAAAUGACUUUACUUCUUUUGUGUUUAUGGAUCGCAUUACCCCUAAAGUUUUCGACGAAAAAUACUACACCAUGGUCACCCAAAAUAGAGGACUCUUUCAAUCUGAUGCCGCACUUUUGAAUGAUAAAGAAACUAGAGAUUAUUUAGAGUUCCAAGUGAAAACCAUGGGAUCUACUUUUCCUAAAGAUUUUGCUGAGUCUAUGACCAAAAUGAUUCAAAUUGGCGUGCUCACUGGAAUCCAGGGUGAAAUAAGGAAGAAUUGUGGGGUUGUUAACUACUAGACUGUAAUCUUACUCUUGUAAGACCUUUCUUUGAUUGCAUUUAUUCAAUAAAUUUAACAGCCAUUUGUUUUUCAUCA